AUGCGAUGGCCUGUCCAGCGAAUCACCGAGCGACCCAUUGAUGUAUCUCCUAACAAGUUACUACCCCUGAAGGUUGUUCCCGUCGAGCUCCCGUGCUGUGUACCCGACACACCACCUACAAUGGAACCGAAAGUACUGGACGACAUUCCAUUCAAGGAUGCACCGCCAGACGCGCCAGGCCCCGGCGCUACUAUAGACGGCCCGCUAAGCCAUGAACUGGUUCCACCGAAUUUGCCGAACGAAGCAGCACUGGGCCUAGCAGUUAAGGGUCUCCCACCUGAGGGACCGAUGUUCGGCAAAUCUUUGAAGGAACCAGUGCCGAUCAAGUCUACGCCUGUCCAACUGCCACCGAGCCGGCUACCACCCGAGACACCGCUCAGCGAACCGCCAUCCGUCCAGCCACCGAUGGAUGAAUGGCCUCCUGCAGAGGCACCCCACACCUUAGUUGGGAAUGAGCCAUCGCCAUAUAAGCCGUCGCGGAACUUGUUACUGCCACUGUAA